CCCGCGAAACGAGCGCUUUUCCCGGGGCGCGAACCACCAUGGCACUUCUGCGCCUCUCGGAACCUUUUGGGCUCUCCACCGUUCUUUUCCUCCUUCUUCUACUCUCAACGUGGAUGGCUCAUAUCGGACCCGCGCGCUGUCAAGUCGUACGGCGGAGCGAUGGAGUGGGUUUAUCCGCGGGAAGAGGCGAGGAACACGGAUCCCCACGCGUCAGGAGAGCGCUGCCUUGGGAGAAGCAGAUGUCUCUUCUCAGCAGCUCCUUCGUGCUCAAGGGAGACGCGACCCACAACCAGGCAAUGGUGCACUGGACCGGGGAGAACAGCAGCGUCAUCCUCAUCCUGACCAAGUACUACCACGCCGACUCCACCAAGGUCCUGGAGAGCUCUCUAUGGAGGUCAACGGACUAUGGAACAACUUACAGCAAACUCAACCUGAUGCCGGGGACAACCAUUGUGGUGACCAGUUUUUACAUCUGCCCCACCAACAAGAAAAAGGUGAUUCUGGUGGGUUCAUCUAUAAACGAACGUGACCAGAUGCUGUUCAUAAGUGUAGACGAGGGCUCCUCUUUCCAGCGCCAACCCGUGAACUUUAACCCCGACACGCUGCUCUUCCACCCCACAGAGGAGGACAAGCUGCUGGCUUACUGCAAGGACGGCACGCUGUAUGCUUCCACGGACCUAGGGAGGAAGUGGACUCUACUGCAAGAGAGAGUUACCAAGGAUAAAAUCUUCUGGGCGGUGUCUGGUGUGGACUCAGACCCAGACCUGGUGCACAUGGAGAUGCAGGACACUAGCGGAGGGUACCUGUACGUGACCUGUCUGAUCCAGAACUGCUCAGACAAAAUGGUGACCGCUCAGUUUUUGGGGAAAAUCGACCACAACUCACUCCUGGUGCAGGACAGCUACAUCUUUGUCAAGGUGACCACAGGGAAUCGCACCAAGCACUACGUCUCAUAUCGGCGCAAUGAGUUUGUCCAGAUGAGGUUUCCUAAGUAUGCUCUGCCAAAGGACGUCCAGAUCGUGAGCACGGAUGAGAACCAGGUGUUCUUGGCUCUGCAGGAGUGGUACCAGACAGAUACAUACAACCUGUACCAGUCUGACCCACAAGGGGUUUACUAUUCCCUGGUCCUGGAGAACGUCCGCAGCACCCAGCAACCCGAGGAGAGCACCCUCAUCGACAUACUGGAGGUGAAAGGGGUCAAAGGUGUGUUUCUGGCCAAUCAGAAGCUCAACGGGAAAGUCACUACGGUUAUCACUUACAACAAGGGCAGGGACUGGGAGCACCUGAUGCCCCCUGCCACCGACAUGAAUGGGAAGAGCCUCACCUGCAAAGCGCCUGACUGUCACCUACACUUGCACCUGCGCUGGGCAGAUAACCCCUAUGUGUCUGGUACAGUGCACACCAAAGACUCCGCCCCCGGCCUCAUCAUGGGAGCAGGGAAUCUGGGUUCCAAACUGGUGGAGUACAAGGAGGACAUGUACAUCACCUCGGACUGUGGCAAAACAUGGAGACAGGUGUUCGAAGAGGAACAUCACAUCCUGUAUUUGGAUCAUGGAGGAGUCAUUGUGGCCAUCAAAGACACAUCGAUACCACUCAAGAUUCUCAAGUUCAGUAUCGACGAAGGCCGGACAUGGACGGUGCAUAACUUCACCAGUACUUCAGUGUUUGUGGAUGGACUUCUGAGCGAACCAGGGGACGAGACGCUUGUCAUGACGGUAUUUGGCCACAUCAGUUACCGCUCAGACUGGGAGCUAGUCAAAGUGGACUUCAGACAAUCAUUCCCACGACAGUGCACAGAGGAAGACUACGAGUCCUGGCAGCUCACCGACCUUCAUGGGGAGAAAUGCAUCAUGGGACAGGAGAGGAGCUUCAGGAAGAGAAAGGACACAUCAUUUUGUAUCAAAGGGAAGAGCUACACGUCGGCUCUGAGCACUAAACCAUGUCAGUGCACCGAGAGGGACUUCAACUGUGACUAUGGUUUUGAGCGCUCCCAGACUGAAGGCCACAGGUGUUUUGCUGACUUCUGGUUUGAUCCUGAUGCCCCUCCAGAUGACUGUCAUCUGGGGCGGAGCUACGAGUCCAGCACUGGAUAUAGGAAGGUGAUCUCUAAUUCUUGUGAGGGAGGCAUAAACAAACAGCAGAGCUCUAAGCAGCACCUGUGCCCUCUGCUGCCCCCUAAAGGACUGCAGCUGGGCAUUAAAGGGCAGAUGUUAGCUGUGGCACCCGGUGAUGACAUCACAUUCAUCGUUCAUCAAGAACAGGGUGAUACCAGCAGCACUAAAUACCAAGUGGAUCUUGGAGAUGGAGUAAGGGCAAUCUACCAGAACCUGACAGUGACAGACGAGCCCAUCCAACAUCGCUAUGAGAGCCCCGGGGUCUACAGGGUCAGUGUGAAGGCUGAGAACAUGGCCGGCCACACACAGGCCACCAUGUACAUCCAAGUCACAGCCCCCCUGCAGGAGGUGCAUUUGGAGGUAGUACCCAUCGCUGGAAUCAACCAGGAGGUCAAUGUGUCUGCUACUGUACUCCCCUCGGAGGCAAAUCUCACUGUAUUCUACUGGUGGAUAGGAGACAACAUGCAGCCCACCCUUACCCUCCAGAACAGCUUGCUGACCCGGUUCUCUGAGGCAGGCGAGGUGUCAGUCACAGUCCAAGCCUCCAACGGUCGCUCUAUGGUUCAAGACACAAAGAUAGUCCAAGUCUAUGAGCACUUCCAGGUGAUUCCUCUAAGCUUCAGCAGAAACCUGGACCGCUUCAACCCAAACAUCCCAGAGUGGAGAGAGGAUGUGGGACAGGUGGUCACCAAAAUACUCUCCAGGAUCACAGGUGUUCCACAAAACUCCCUGGUUACUGUGGUGAAGCCUGGUCUCCCCACCUCUGCAGACCUGUAUGUGCUACCACUGGAUGACCAGCCAGAUAAGAGGAACAGAUUUGUAGACAAGCGGAUACCAGCCAUAAUCCAAUCGUUCAAUGACAACAAUGUGAGUUUUGUUGUCCGAGGAGGUCAGCAGGUUCUGGUGAUGCUGGCAGACCCAAAUGCAGGUAUAGGGAAUAGUAGUAAUGAAACUUCAGAAGCUGCAACCGGCUAUGGCUACCAUGGCGCUGCUGGAGGUCCAGGUGUAUGGGCGAUAGGAGUCUUAUUCCUAGUCACCAUCAUUGCCACUGGCUCCUUCAUCCUUUACAAGUUUAAAAGUCCCUGGCUCCGGACUGAGGACACCUAUCCCCCGCUGUUUUUUAGGAAGCUCCCUGUGAACCGAAACGUGUACGCGCAGAUGCACAAUGAGAAGGAGCAGGAGAUGACCAGUCCAGUGAACCACAGCGAGGACACACAGCACAUCAUUCAGGGGGAGGAGUUUAUCGAUGACGACCUGGACUCUCACACGCUAGCAGGAAACCAUUCUGGUGUGGUCCUGAGCAUCACCUCCAGAGAGCUGCAGAGCUACCUGAGCAGCUGAUGCCCAACGCGGCCACACUAAAGGGGCUAGCUAGCGUUAGCUCAGCCCUGCUAAGAGCACAGGGACUCCACUCUGCCUUCCUCCUCUCCGCCCACCCCCUUCUCUCUGUGUCGGACACUGACCUCACUGCUCCGCGGCACCCUCUGCGCCUCACCCCCACCCCUGGGUGCUCUGUCCACGGCGACUUGGAAGACUGGAUCAAUGACAGUAACAAGUGUAAUAAUGGUGAAUGAAGCUGAUGUGACUAUGUUAGGAAGAUCAGAAUGUUUAUUUAUGUUUAAUGCUCUGUUGCUAUCUAGUUCAGCUAGGCUAAAUGCUGAUUCCAUUUAGCCAGUGGUGGAUGAAGUACUCAGUUUUGUUACUUAAGUAAAAGUACAGAUACAGGAGCAAAAGAUUACUAAAAUACCACAUGAUAAGCACCCCUUUUUUCAGGUUUUUGUGUGUUUGUAUGUUUAGUUUGCUCAAAACUGGAACAUUAACUCAAAUUAAGAGUGCUAAAAAUAACUCUUAGCCAUAAAGUAUAGAUACCUAAAAAUUGUACGGUACUUUUACUUUUGUACUUUGUUACCUUCUCCCACUGAAUUUAGCCUAGUCUAUAGAAUAGUGAUGAGCCUAGAUGGUAAUUUACCUUGAAAAUUAACAAUAAUAUGUAAAAACCCAUUAAUUAUGUUAUCAUGUAUUAUAUAGUACUGAUGGGCCCACCUGACUUUUUUCCUUUUAUGGAGGCCAUUUUGAGGACUUACCAUUCAAAACAUAUAAGAUAAUUGUGUAUUGCUUCUAGAAUAGACUACAAUGUAAUUUACAUUGCUAGCUACAAUGUAAUUUACAUCCACGGAUAGCUAGCCUAUACUGCAAUUAUCCUACUCUAUAAGAAUUGGUAAAUUUAUUUUGUAGAAUUUAAUGGGACAGGCCUGAGCACAUCAGCUUCAAGGCGAUAGUUUUUUUGUUACUGUCAAUGGUUCCAGUUCUUUCAGCAUUACCUCUGCUUCAUCUGACCCCACCACAGAGACCUGCACUGACCAACCGGAGACUACAACGGCAAAGACACUCAAAUGUACUUUGCAUUCCACCCACAGCACUGUCAAUGAGCAGCACCACUCCACACCUUAACGGAAAAACAAGACUUAAAAGGCAAUAAUUUUUCUACAUUUGAACUAUAGAGUUGUAGUUUUGUGCAGUAGAGCACGGUAUUGAACCUCAAAAUAUAAACGAGACCAUCAUUAUAAUACCAAAGUAGGCUAUAGAAAUUGCCAAGGGAAAAUAUAAAUUGAUGUUAGACCUAUGUUAGCAGUGCAAACAAGAUAUCAUACAAUGUUAAAAUACAGAUGUGAAGAACAGACUUUAAAGGUGCUGUACUCGAUUUUAUUUCCCAAAUAAAAAAUGUCUUGCCCCAGUACAGAUCUUUUGUAAAAAGCAGCUUUCAGAGUCAAAAUGAGACCAAUGCAUGUUAUGCGUAUGUAAUUAGAGAGCAAUUUGGGAUCAGCACUUCAUUUUGGGCCAGGAUUAGCAUUCUAUGUCCUAAAACUCAAAAUUUAACCAAAUUAACUGUUCCUAAACCUGACCUUAAUCCUAAAACUAAUGAAACAAUAUAUACGGUAGUUAAAAUGAAAAAUUGUCGAAGAAAUGUUGAAUAUUUAUGGAAUCUUAGCAUGCUAAUUGUUAUUACCAUUAAGCUACAGCUACAAAACUCCACCUUUGAAAGUUGUGAAAAGUGCUUAUAAUCGCAUUGUGUUUAAUAAUCCGGAUGCUUGGAAUGCAUUAGGGAUGAGUUUGGACUACCGCAAAUCUUUGACAUGUUUUUCAAAACUGUAAAAAUCAGGUACAACGUCUUUAAAGUUAAUGUUUUUGAUAGAUGUCAGAUCCGAUUGGUAUUUAAAUUGAUUUCCUUGUUCACUGAGCCUCUGCUGUACUCGAGAGUCACAUCUCUUAAACCUCCCUCCUCCCCCACUCUCCCGGGGUCCACGUUGGCCCCCGUUGCCCUGGAGAUGAAGCAGGUUGCCGUCAUGGAGGGAAGUGUAGUCUUUUACUGAAUCAGCCUAUAUUAGGCCCUGCCCACAGUAGAAUUACGUGUUUGUUGUAGAUGUGUAAAUAUGAACUAUCUCCACUUUGUAUAUAAUCCUUUUGACGUGUGUGAGUGUGUUUUACACGACUACCAAAAUACACCGAGGUCCUCAAACGCACCAUUUCACCCAACAGUAUUUUUACAAUGGACAUUCAUCUGUAUCCAUGUUUCCAUAACUCCAGCACUGCAGAACUGUUAUCAGCACAGUUGUUAUGAAUUAUGAAUUGACAUAGUUGGGCUAUGGUACAACACCAAAUACAGCAAAAACACAAUGCAAAACAAAUACUAGGGUACUCUGUUGGUAGCAAGUUGUCUAUGGAACAUUUUGUCACAAUGCUCUAGCCUGUACCCCUUAUACCAGAGGUGGAAAGUAACAGAUUACAAAUACUCACAAACUGAUAGUUGAGCAGAUUAUUUGAGUAAUACUUUUUGAGUGCAUUUUUAAACAUGUACUUUUAAUUGAGUAUAAUUAAAAUAAUGUAAUUGUACUUACUGAGUGCAGCAGUAAAUCUCAAUUGUCCCAAUGCACACCUGUCUUAUCCCUUUUGUGGUUUAAAACUACAUAAUUUUGCAUUAAACUGUUUAAUUAAUAUAUUUUUGUUCUGAAAAUUGAUCUCAAAUGACACUAAAACCACAUUAAAAGUUAUUUUAGUAAAUUUUAGUAAAAUUUUAGUAAAAAAAAUGUACUAGUACAUUUUUUUAUGCAUACGUUUUACUUUUACUUAUGUAAAAAAUUUCUGUAUUCUUUCCACCACUAUUUCCCGUAGCAUCUGGGGUAGGUUUAAAUAGGCCCACAUAAUACAUUAUAGCUAAAUUUGACUUAACUUUUACUCUUAACUUCAGCAGUAGGUCUACAAUUGUUAAGAGUAGACUUUAUAUUGAAGUAACGUAAUUUUGUUGCUCCACCUGGUGGACAUACGAUGAAAGCUCAGUAACUUUUUGACAAUAUGAAGCUCAUAAAAACUCUUUAUUCUAGAAAUCAUUAUAAUUUGAUAAUCUAAUUGUGAAUGAAUGUCAGUUAUCUGGGAUAGUCAUCAAGUUACUCUACCAACUAGACAUAGGUAGUUGAAAAUAUGCUUAAUGUAUACCAUUUCUGACACUGUUCUUAUGCAAUACUAAAAUCUACACGAUUCAUUGGAAACAUGGCUGUAGUCCAGGACACAGUGGUAUAAAAUGGUAUAAUAUGUAGAAGAUAUUUUUGAUACACUCUAAGAAAGUGUAGCUGUAAGCACUGGUCGCUGUUUGUUGACUGAGAACAUGUUUGUAUUUUUGCACUAUUGAUGUAACAGGAAGUCCACCGAUCUCAUGUACUUUUGCUUUAUGACGAUUUCUAUUUUCACCUAUUUUGUACAUACUUCUGUCCAGUGUUCUUUAUCGAUGUCUCUUUGUACUAGGGUCCUCUUGAAAAAGGGUUGAAAUGAAUUUGGAAAAAGACUUUGAAUUCAUAAUUUUAGUUUGAAAUUUGAAAACGUGUUGAUUGAUUUGUUGAUUUUUAAACCAGUUUGUCCUCAUCAGGAAAGCACUCACCCUGCAUCCUGGAAUAAACCACUCCCA